AUUUAACAAAUAUUGCGGCACUGCGAGCAUUACUUCACUUUUGUGGAGACGUCGGACUGAGAAACUAGCGAUUAAAGUUAUAUUUUCUGAAGAUGACGGAUAAAAAAGGAGAUGAGUUGGCUACCGCUAUCUUGAACAAGAAGAGUAAACCUAACCGGCUUCUCGUUGAGGAUGCCGUCAACGACGAUAACAGCGUGGUUGCCUUGUCCCUGGCCAAGAUGGACGAAUUACAGCUUUUCAGAGGAGACACAGUUCUCCUUAAGGGUAAGAAGAGGAAGGAAACUGUUUGCAUUGUUCUCUCUGAUGAAACUAUCUCAGAUGAAAAGAUUAGAAUGAACAGAGUUGUCCGGAACAAUCUUAGAGUUCGUCUUGGAGAUAUUGUUGCAAUUCAGUCCUGUCCUGAUGUUAAGUACGGUAAACGUAUUCAUGUUCUACCUAUUGAUGAGAGUGUGGAAGGUUUGACCGGAAACUGGUUCGAGGUUUAUCUUAAACCUUACUUCCUAGAGGCAUACAGACCAAUCCAUAAGGGUGACACAUUUGUAGUCCGUGGAGGUAUGCGAGCAGUUGAGUUUAAGGUUAUUGAGACGGAUCCUUCUCCGUACUGUAUUGUUGCCCCGGAUACAGUUAUCCACUGCGAGGGAGAACCCGUCAAGAAAGAAGAUGAAGAGGAUGCGCUCAACGCUGUUGGGUAUGAUGAUAUCGGAGGAUGCAGGAAGCAGCUUGCUCAGAUUAAGGAGAUGGUUGAACUUCCUCUCAGACAUCCAGCUCUAUUCAAGGCUAUUGGAGUGAAACCUCCCCGUGGUAUCCUGCUUUAUGGACCCCCUGGAACUGGUAAAACAUUGAUGGCUAGAGCAGUAGCUAACGAGACUGGAGCUUUCUUCUUCCUCAUCAACGGUCCCGAGAUUAUGUCCAAGCUUGCAGGAGAAUCUGAAUCCAACCUUAGGAAAGCAUUUGAAGAAGCAGAGAAGAAUGCUCCAUCCAUUAUCUUUAUUGAUGAACUCGAUUCUAUUGCACCAAAGAGAGAGAAGACUCAUGGUGAGGUAGAGAGAAGGAUUGUAUCUCAGCUUCUUACGCUUAUGGAUGGUCUUAAACAGAGAGCUCAUGUUAUCGUGAUGGCUGCAACCAACAGACCGAACUCCAUCGACGCAGCUCUUCGUAGGUUUGGUAGAUUUGAUCGUGAGGUUGAUAUUGGUAUCCCUGAUGCAGUUGGCAGAUUAGAAAUUCUCAGGAUUCACACCAAAAACAUGAAGCUAGCUGAAGACCUGAACCUAGACCAGGUUGCAGCCGAGACCCACGGACAUGUCGGAGCUGAUCUGGCUGCACUCUGCAGUGAAGCUGCUCUUCAACAGAUCCGUGAGAAGAUGGAUCUAAUUGAUCUUGAAGAUGAGACUAUUGAUGCUGAAGUUCUUGACAGUCUAGCUGUAACAAUGGAUGAUUUCAGGUACGCUAUGAGUAAGAGCACACCUAGUGCCAUCCGUGAAACCGUUGUCGAGGUGCCCAAUGUAUCUUGGAAUGAUAUUGGAGGUCUGGAGAGCGUGAAAAAGGAGCUACAGGAACUGGUUCAGUAUCCGGUAGAACAUCCAGAGAAGUUCUUGAAGUUCGGCAUGAUGCCCUCCAAGGGAGUUCUAUUCUACGGACCCCCUGGUUGUGGUAAGACUCUGCUCGCUAAAGCUAUCGCUAACGAAUGUCAGGCCAACUUCAUCUCCAUCAAGGGACCUGAGUUAUUGACUAUGUGGUUCGGAGAAUCUGAGGCUAACGUCAGAGAUGUAUUCGACAAGGCUCGUUCUGCUGCACCUUGUGUGCUGUUCUUCGAUGAAUUGGACAGUAUUGCUAAAUCUCGAGGUGGAACCUCAGGUGAUGCUGGAGGUGCCAGUGACAGAGUUAUCAAUCAGAUCCUUACAGAGAUGGACGGUAUGGGCAGUAAGAAGAACGUGUUUAUCAUCGGAGCAACUAACAGACCAGACAUUAUCGAUUCUGCAAUUCUCAGGCCUGGUCGUCUGGACCAGCUGAUUUAUAUCCCUCUACCCGACGAUGGUUCAAGGAUGGCGAUUCUUAAGGCGAACCUUAGGAAAUCUCCCGUAGCCCCGGAUGUAGAUGUACCCUACCUGGCUAAGAUGACUCGUGGAUUCUCCGGAGCUGAUUUGACUGAGAUCUGUCAGAGAGCAUGUAAGCUUGCUAUCAGGGAAUCUAUUGAAGCAGAUAUUAGGAAGGAAAAGGAGAAGCAGAAAGCGUUGGAAAAGGCUAAAAAUUCAAAGUCAUCACGUUGGUCUUCUAAAUCUACCGCGGGAGCUAGCAUGGAUGUCGAUGAUGAGGAAGACCCCGUUCCAGAGAUUACAAAGAGACAUUUUGAGGAGGCUAUGAAGUUCGCCAGAAGGUCUGUGUCUGAUAACGAUAUCAAGAAAUACGAGAUGUUUAGCCAGACCCUUCAACAGUCUAGAGGAUUCGGAACCAACUUCAGGUUCCCAGAUGGUUCAGGAGGUCAGAGCAAUCCAGCUCCAGCUGGUGGAAACUUCACUAAUGAUGAUGACGACGACCUUUACAGUUAAACUGUCCCACUAUUUAUUUGUUUAUAAAAGCACAGUAUGAAGUGUAUUUGGUAAAGUUUCAUUUUAUUUUAGACCAGUUUAAUCUUUAACUUGUAAUUCAUCAGUCUAAAUAUAUUUACCAGUAAAAUGUG